AUGAAUUACACCGAGACGAUUUGCAAAAACAACCAGACGGCCAACUUCACGGACCAGCCGUGUCUGAACUCGUCCGCCAAGCCGUACAGCCACAUAGACAUCACCACCUUCAUGCACAUCUUCCCCACCAUCUACGGCGUGCUGUGCUCGGUGGGAGUCAUCGCCAACGGGCUGGUCAUCUACGCGGUGGCGGCGUGCAAGAAGAAGAUGGUCUCGGACAUCUACGUGCUGAACCUGGCGAUAGCCGACAUGCUCUUCCUGCUCGUGAUGCCCUUCAACAUCCACCAGCUGGUCAGGGACCGGCAGUGGGUGUUCGGAAACUUCAUGUGCAAAGCGGUGGUGGUGGUGGACGUGAGCAACCAGUUCACCACGGUGGGGAUCGUCACGGUGCUGUGCAUCGACCGGUACAUCGCCAUCGUCCAUCCCAGCUCGGAUAAACGGACGGUGCAGUGGACCAUGAUCAUCAACCUGCUGGUGUGGCUGGGCAGCUUCCUCCUCACCGUCCCGGUCAUGAUGUACGCCAAGGUGGUGCGCCGGCAACACAUGGAGGUGUGCAUGAUGUACCUGGACGGACCCGAGGACAUGUACUGGUACACCCUCUACCAGUCCAUCCUGGGCUUCAUCAUCCCCCUCAUCAUCAUCAGCACCUUCUACUCGCUCACCCUCUACCACGUCUUCAGCUCCAUCCGGCGGGUGAAGCGCAAGCAGUCCGUCUGGGCCAAACGGGCCACCAAGAUGGUCCUGAUGGUCAUCGCGCUGUUCCUCAUCUGCUGGCUGCCCUACCACGUCAUCCAGGUGAUCAACCUGAGCAACAACACGCCCACCAUCACCUUCAUCUACGCCUACAACAUCAGCAUCUGCCUCAGCUACUCCCACAGCUGCAUCAACCCCCUCAUGCUGCUGAUCUUCGCCCAGAACUACCGCGAGCGGCUCUGCCGGCGGAACGCGCUGUACAACUCCCAGCACUCGUCCAAGGUCACGGUGGUCAAAACCGACGGUUCCAGCAUGAUAAACGACGUCAGCAACCGCUGCACCGCCAUCUAACCACGGCCAGAACCUUCUAUAUGUACUGUACACGUGUGAAAGUGUUGCUGCUUGUCCACAAAAGAAGUGGCCCGUUGCCACCAGUCGUGUCGCGUUCCCCAGCUGGGGAAGGUAAGUAAAUAAGACGGAUUUGACUGAUGCCUGAGCAGCAUACCCAACUGCUAAUGAAAGAGGCAAAAACCGCAGGUAAUUUGGCUCCUUUCCUCCGUCAGACUCGGAGCUUUCAUUAACCUUUAUCAACCGCGGGAUAGAGCCGGUCCCACGCUGUUCGCUGACAACAGCGCGGCGCGGCGCGGCUCGUGGGAUCUGUCACUGUCAAACACAAGUACAUUCGAGAGUGUGAAAUGUUGUGGAGUCUUUCAUGGGGUGUGAGUGGGAGCACCAGCCAACAUCCCGGGGGCUCAUGAUGAAAUUUUAAAUCCUCUACAAGUGGCUGCGCGAGUCACUGGAUGGAGACUUUCUGCAUCGCACUUUCUUCAGUCUGAUCAGAGGCGAACGGCUUCCGGAACGCAACGAUCGGGAGGACUUUCCAACAAGGAACAUACGGAAUAAGGGCUCAUGAUGUGUGUCU